AUGGCGGGUUCUGCAAUUUCGAUCGGAAACACUUUCGUCUUGGCCUCUAUGCGCACCGUUUCACCAACCAAGUCUUACAAACUUUCAUCCCUCUCACCCCAAUUAGGGUUCCUGAAUUCUCAAUUAACUGGCCUCAGAAUCUCCUCUCAGACUUCAUUGAAUACGGCUACGCCUAUCGUUGCUUCUCCUUUUCUACCCAUUGUUGCUAAAAGAGUGUGCCCCUUCACUGGAAAAAAAGCAAACAAGGCCAACAAAGUAUCUUUCUCAAACCAUAAGACAAAGAAGUUGCAAUUUGUAAAUCUCCAGUACAAGAGACUUUGGUGGGAAGCUGGAAAACGCUUUGUAAAGCUUCGUUUGUCGACUAAGGCAUUGAAGACGAUAGAUAAGAAUGGACUUGAUGCAGUUGCAAAAAAGGCUGGAAUUGAUCUCAGUAAGAAAUAA